AUGUGCACUUUUACACUCUAUCGUGGACUUCAAAUGCCAUUCAAUGGUGUAGAAAAUAUGUGUAAAAAUAUUGGAAAUUUAAUAUCGACAAAUGGAUUUCUAUCAACAACACGAAAUAUAGACGUAGCAUAUAUGUAUGCUGGGAUUGAAAUGCCGACUAAUAAUGAAAAGAUACCAACACUAUUCAUAAUCAAUGUUAAUAUAGAAUCACAAACAAAUAUUCUAGCAGAUAUUGGAGCAAUCAGUAUCAUUUCAGAUGAAUCAGAGGUAUUAUUUGAUCUAGGUAGCACAUUCAAAAUUCAUAAUGUCUAUUAUAACAAUGUGGAACAGCUUUGGAGAGUUGAAAUGACUACUACAGACGAAGACAAAAUAAUCAUUAAUUAA